UGCUUCUACUAGGAUUGAAACUUUAGAUCUGACUAUUUUUUUGUCAUUCCCUCUUUCUAAAUUCCUAAUCAACUUGUAUAUGAAAAUUUAGGAGAUCGUAUAACAAAAUUGCAUGAGAAUGUCUUUUUCCAUUCUUCAAUUUCUAUUCUGACAUUCAGUCAGGAAACCUUCAGGCUAUCAAGGAAUUUAACAAGAAUGCGAUGCAAACAACAUGAAGUAAGAAUCAAAAUCCAACUCUUCCACAAUCCUCUGUAUCACUAUCUACUCAUAGGGUGCUAAUGGCGACAGAGGGAUGUUCAAUUAAAGGAACUUACAAGAGGUUCAAACCACACAUCCUUAUGGUUCUUGCUCAGAUGGGCUAUACUUUUAUGUACUUCAUUACAGAGGCUUCCUUCAACCAUGGAAUGAAUCCCCAUGUCUACAUCACUUAUAGACAUAUUGUAGCUGGUCUAGUAAUGUUACCUUUUGCCUAUUUCCUUGAAAGAACAAAGCUGACACUGUCUCUACUCAUGGAGAUCUUUGUUCUCUCUCUUCUUGGGGUGGGUUUGACUCAAAACAUGUAUUUUGCAAGCUUAAGAUUCACCUCUCAAGCGUUCCUUGCAUCAAUGGUGAACACCAUAGCUUCCUUAACUUUUGUAUUGGCGGUUAUACUCAGAACAAAGCUGACACUGUCUCUACUCAUGGAGAUCUUUGUUCUCUCUCUUCUUGGGGUGGGUUUGACUCAAAACAUGUAUUUUGCAAGCUUAAGAUUCACCUCUCAAGCGUUCCUUGCAUCAAUGGUGAACACCAUAGCUUCCUUAACUUUUGUAUUGGCGGUUAUACUCAGGUUGGAGGUUCUAGAUAUUCGAAGCCCUCGUGGAAUAGCCAAAAUUCUUGGAACCUUGGUUUCCUUGGCUGGUGUCAUGACCAUGACACUAUACAAAGGACCCAAUGUAAAAAACAUAGGGCAUCCUCUAAUCCACCUUAGAGGAAACACAGCCAUCCACGAGAACUAG